AUGUCUUACCUUUCAAUCACGAGUUUGGUCGCGUUAGUCUGGUUACUGACCAGUAUAGCAUGUACUCUUACCAUUGGCAGAUUUGCCAUCUACUGGAAUCGCAAGAAAAUUAUCGGCCCGGAAAUUAUAUUGAAUGGCAUCGCUUCGGUUUUGCUUGUAGGGUUCACGGCCACAUGGCAGGUGUUGGUUCCUAAAGCAUACGAGGCUGCCAUUUCCCGUCUAGGCCACUCAGGAAACCCCUCGACCCCGCGCCAUGACUCCCUUGCAACGAGGCAGGUUGAUCUAACAAACGCCUUGUUCUUCUGGCUUUGCAUCUAUCUCGUAAAAGCCAGCUUCUUGAUUCUAUACUGGAAUCUCUUCCAUGUUUCGACGCGAUUUAGAAUUGCUUGGGUGGCGGUGGUAAUUUACGCUUCCUUGGGGCUGAUCGUUACCAUUGCCUUUCGCUUAACUGCCUGUGGCAGUCCGGGAGAUGUUCUGAAUGCAGAAAAAUGUGAAAAAGAGAAGACUGCGAUGGUUUUCGUCAAAGCCCAAGUUACAUGGUCCGUCAUCGAUGGUGUUGGAGAUAUUCUUCUUGUCUUGAUCCCGCUUAUAAUGUUGCGAGGUACCUUGAUGCCACUCUCUACGAAAAUCCAACUCGGCCUGCUUUUCGGUCUCGUCAGUAUCAACCUUGCCACCAAUGUCCUUCGUGCGCUCUACACGAUCAACACCUAUCUGACUGAUCAUAAAUUUCUCAACGCCUUGUGGCCUGUUUUGCAAUGCAGUACAGCAGUAAUGAUCUGCGCAUUGCCAUCAUAUGGUCGUUUCCUGCAUUUUAGGAAAUACCACACUGAGCCAGUGUUGAUGUAA